AUGCCGCUCAGCGGUCGCCUCGCCCUUCUGCUCCUCGUCGUCGCCCUCUUCGCACGCGCCUCGCUCCUCCACCUCGCCCUCGUCACCCUCGCCCUGGUCGCCACCGUCAUCGCAGUACUCGUCGCCUAUGUGUCCCUCACCCGCGUCGCAGAGCAGCGCAUCGCGAGGGCCAGCGCACCGCACCGCUCGGGUUCCGCUCGAGGUGGUGGGGGAGCUCGGCGCCCGGCGGUCAACGGCACCUGGGCAGGCGUCCCGCCGCUCCACUUUACGUCGCCGGCAGCAUGGGCCAUGACGCAGACCAAGGCGGCGUGGGAGGCCGCCGCCGCCGCCGCGCCCGCCUCGCUCGACGGCGCUCCCCCGUUCCUCCAGGCCGCCCUCGACUCGCUCCUCGAGCUCGUCCUGCGCGACUUUGUUCGCCGGUGGUACGACAACCUGUCCGACUCGCCCGUGUUCCCGACCGCCGUCGACCGCACCAUCCGCGACACGCUCGUCGCCCUCUCGACCCGCGUCGCGAGCACCCUCGACUGGUCCGAGGUCCUCGUCGGCCGCAUCCUGCCCCUCGUCACGGCCCACCUCGAGCACUUUCGCCAGGCCCACGAGUCGGCCCACGUCGGCGCCGCCGGCGACUCGGACGAGGCCGACCUGUUCGUCGCGUCCCGGUACGCCGACCUGAGCGGCGCCAGGCUGCACCCGGCUGUCGACGUCGCCGGCACCAACUCGCGCCCGGCAGAAGAAGCCUACCUGCGCAACCUGUUCGGCGCCCUCCUCCCGCUCGUCGUCCCUGAGCGCGAGAUGGACAGCGCCGCCGUAGCCGUCAUGUUGCGCGAGAUCGUGUCGUGCGCCGUCAUGCUCCCCAUCUUUGAGCUCCUGUCCGACCCCGACUUCUACAACCGCCUCAUCGACGACAAGGCCGGCGCCGCCAUCCGCGACCGCAAGAUGGUGACCGAGUUCCGCGAGGCGCUCGACAAGCAGGCCCCUGCACUCGCCGCCGUCACCGGCCUCGGUCUCUCGGCGCCGCCACCGACAACCAGGACCGCCGCGGCGGCAGCCGGCCGCAAGACCGAGGUCGUCACGGUCCGCACGAGCGCGCGCCAGUUCGACGCGUGGCUCGCCAACAUCGGCGCCCUGACGACGCUCGGCGACGCUCGACGACUGAGGAGCGACGUCACGAGCCAGAUCCGGCGGGCCAAGCUUGCGACAGACGGCAAGUCGCUCGACGACAUGGUCGAUGGCGUCAAGGUUGCAGACUGGAUCGACUUCAUCGAGCGCCUGUACACGGCCAAGCGCAAAAUCGACCGCCGCAUCGGCAAGCUCGGAGGACCCGACUCGCGAGAUCGCGCACCGAGCGUCAUGUCGAGCCCCGCGUCGCACGGCCAACCUGCACUGCGCGACCUCCUCCUUGAGCCGACCGCCGUCACCUACCUCAUGGAGUUCCUCGAGCGUCGCCGACACUCGGCCCGGGCCCAGUUCUGGCUCCUCGUCGAGGGCCUCAAGGACCCGCUCGAGGAGCUCGACGUCGACCUGCCGACGACGACCACGUCGGGCGCGAGCACGCUCGACGACGGCUCGAUCGCGCUCGACGACAUCCGCAUGAUCUGGGACGCCUACCUCGCGAGCGACCCGUUCCGCUCGAGCAAGGUGCACCUCGAGACGGUACGCUCGUUCGUGGCCGAGCGCCACGACGCAGCGUUGUCGCCCGUCGUCGCCUCGCCGCACGAGGUCCGCCAGGUCCGCCACGCCCUGUUCGCCAUCCAGGGCGACGUCCUCGCGCUCCUCGAGGAGGAGGACCUGCCCGCCUUUCGACGCUCCGACCUCCACUUCAAGGCCGUCGCCGCCAUGCCGUCCUCGUUCGCUCCCCCUCCUCCGGCCGCCUACGUCACGCCGCCGUCGCCCUUGGCGACUCGUCCACCUCGCCCGCGCUCGCGCUCAAACCCCCAAGUGCCACCACUACGCGCAACGACCACGCCCACCACCCUCGUCGCCGCCGCGCCGCUCGGCUCCCCGACCUUCCCUCCUCCUCGACCCGCCUCGCCCGCGCUCCUCGGCCAAUCGCGCACCCAGCGCCCGCAGCGCACCGAGACCGCCCCGCCGCAGGUCACGUUCCACGCCGCCGCGUUCGACCGCCCGGCAACGCGCCGCCCGGACCUGUUCGACGGCGGCGGCGGCGAGUCGCCGAGGUUCAACCCGGUGCGCAAGGUGUCGAGCGGGUCGGUCGACACGGUCAACUCGACAGCAUCGGCGCCCACGGCGACAUCGCCAACGACGGGCGGGUCGAGCGCUCGGCGCAGCAGGGUCAACCUCGCCGACUCGCUCGAGUUCCUCAUGUCGCCGCCGCCCGAGGUCGACCGCUCGCCGCUCUUCGGCGCCGCCGCCGCCGACGAUGCAGCCGACGACGGCGCGCACUCGGACGACGACUACGUCCAGGUCCAGACGAUCGAGGCGAUCCAGGAGGCGCUCAACUCGAUCCUCGCGACCGACGCUCGGGCCCAGCCCGAGGCGAGCAGGUCGACGACGUCGCUCGCGAGCGUGCCCCAGGACGGUUCGGCGCCGACGAGCCGCCGUGUGUCGGCCGACGCACAGCGCAAGGCGUCGCUGUUCGCGACCGAGACGGGCAAGUCGUCGCCGUCGUUGCCGACCAGCCCGGCGGGCACGACCUCGUGGGGCGUCACGUCGCCGCCGGCGCUCCCGCCACGACCUGUACGGCACCGAGGUGUCUUUGACGACGCCGAAACGGUCGACGACGCCGACGCCGACCAAGACGACGUCGAGCUCGACUUUGACCCGCACGACAUCGUCCUCCCGGCGCCCGGCGACCUGCACCUGCCCGCCGAGAUCGCGCGCCUCACCGAGUCGCUCGCCAAGCUCAAGGGCCAAGAAGCCGUCGUCGAGGCGCUCAUCCGCAAGGCCGAGUUGACGGGCAACGCGUCAGAGCUCAAGCUCCUCGUCAAGUCGCGCGACAGCCUGCGCCGCGAGAUCCGCGCCGCGACGUUCCAGAAGGACCAGUACGAGGCGCAGGCGUCCGAGAACGAGCUCACGCCGGACCGCACCCGGGUCGCCAUCCCGGGCACGACGGUCGGCCAAGCUGGCGGCGGCGGCGCGGGUUCGGGCUCGAGCUCGGCGGCGACGGCGCUCGCGCCGACGAGCGCGCAGAGCUUCCAGCUGUACCUCGUCGAGGUGCACCAGCUCGCGCCCGACGGGUCGUUCCGCGCCGGGUGGAUUGUCACGAGGCGGUACAGCGAGUUCUCGGCCCUGUACGGCAAGCUCAAGGACAAGUACGUCGCGGCGCGGUACCUCGACUUUCCGAGCAAGCGGCUCGUCGGCAUCUGGAGCAAGGAGUUCAUCGAGCAGCGUCGAGAAGGUCUCGAGCGGUACCUGCAGGCCCUCAUCCGCAUCCCCGUCAUCUGCCGCAGCAGCGAGCUUCGCGCCUUCCUGUCGCAGCAGACGAUCGCCCUCCCCAAGAGCGACGUCGCCCGCAAGCUCGCAGCGCCGCUUCUUCCCGGUCAAGCCCUCCGCAGCCUGUACCGCGGCUUCACCUCGGGCAUAGACGACGUCCUCGGCACGUCGACGACGAGCAUGGUCGACACGAUCGUCGCUCGGCUCGGGCAGCAGGCCGCCGAGUUUGCUGGGACGAGUACCGGCGGCGGCGCCGGCAAGGUCAACGACGAGGACCUCGUCGACCAGCUCGUCGGCUCGGACGCUACGGCGCCAGCGGCGAGCGCGCCCGACGGCGAGGCGCUCACGUACUUCACGUCGCCGUUCUGCGACCUGGUCGUCAGCAUCUUCGGCCUCAAGGACAACUGGCUGCGACGUCAAGCCAUCCUCAUCGUCCUGCAGCAGGUCCUCGGCGGCACUAUCGAGCGCAAGAUCCGCGACAGCGUCAAGAUGCUCCUCGCGCCACCGCAACUCGUCGGCUACAUCUCGACGCUCCAGAACGCCAUGUGGUCAGGAGGCGAGCUCAAGCCCAAGGAGCCUCCUCGCUCGGCCGCUCAACGAGCCGAAACGAAAGAGUCGGCGAGGAGGAAGCUGUCGACGCUCAUGCCCGACGUCGCCGCCAACCUCAUCGGCCGCCAGAACGCCAAGCAGGGCGCUCGUACCCUCUUUGCCGUCCUGCAGAACCGCCGGCUCAACAAGCACCUUAUCUACAGCGUCGUCGACGAGGUUGUCGCCGUUCUCUUUCCCGAGUUGCACGAGCAGCGCUCGCGCCCCCUCUUUCUCUCGUGACCUUCAGAUACCCCUCUCGCACACUCUUAUUCCCUCUCUCAACUGCCGAUGAUACCCCCACUAUGUCUCUCUCUCUCUCAGUUCGUAGCACACCCUGUCGCACCUUGUCAAACUCGUUCGCAAUCGCAAAUUCUCUCAGGGCAAACGGUUCAACAAGCUGCCCCACGCGCCCGAGAUCGACCGCUUCGCCGCCUCUUGCUGCGCCGUCUUCUUCGUCUCCUUCGCGAACGUCGCCGCAUCGUUGGCCAUGCCGCCGAGACGCUCCGAG